AUGAUGCUUUUCAGUCUUAGCGAUCAGCCCAGUACAGACUUGGACUUCGUGAACGAGCUUUGUCAACAAGACAUGUCGAACACGCUGAACAUGUUGGGUGUGUCGAUGAAGCGUGGUCUACGAGUUGACGAGCAGAAUUUCAUUGGGUGGCAGCCUCGGUGUAUGGCAUGUUCACGCACCGAUCGUCUCAUCCGUUUGGAAGGCACAACCGCAACGAGAUCGCUCAAAGCAUGCGACGCGUGUAACACCGCGUUUUACUGCUCUCAAGACCACUGGGACGCCGUUCGCGACAAGCACACCACCGCCACUCUACCUGACGAAGGCGGUCUUACACAGUGUCAAAUCAACAAACAAUUCAGAACCGACAUGUUUUUUAUCAACCUCAUGGCGAACGUGCACGCCAAAUCUGAAAGUGACUCCGACUCCGACUCCGACUCUAAGCCUUAUGUUUUUCAAUGGGCUCCAACGCGCCACAAGGUCGUUUGGAAAGCGUUGAAGGAAGAUCCUGCUGGGUGUUGGGAGGAGGCGUUUGGGGAAGAGCUGAAGAAGGAGAUGGGAGGGUACGGUGCUACGCCCGUGUCUCUUGCGCCUUUUUUGAGAGCAGCUUCGGAGGGGUUGUCGAUGCCGAUGACGAUUUUGUAUGCAUUGCAAAAGUUGAAGAAGUCAUCGGAUGAUUGGACUAGGAAGAGGACGCUUACGGUUCAUAUACUGGGCUCUCACGAAAAAGAAUAUAUACACGCUCAACUGUUCGAUGAAAUCCUACACCGACUUCCUCGUGUCAAGGAUCUGCGUAUCGUCAUGAUAGGCCCUGAACUAUCCGGCGCCUUCGAGGAUCCACCUGAAUCGAUUAUGCCGUGCCUUGAAUGUAGUGAAAUGAGUCAAGUCCGAAGAUUCGAAGUCCACCCCUCGACAUACCACGAAUACGUCAAAAAGCAAGGAGCAAGAUACACAAAACCGGAUGUGGCGGUCGCUUUCAACUCUGGAGCUAGCGAUUACGCGGGUUCUUGGAAGGAGACGAUGAAACUUCUUGUUACGAAGAAGGUUCCGACUGUUUUUACUGCGUUUAACCGCCAAGAAGCCGAGGUAGAGUCGAAGCUCCUCAAAGCCGCAGGAGCGACCCUCGUUCCGGGUCUUGGUCCAUGCAAGAAUCCUUGGGGAAGUUUGAAGUUGAUACCGGAACCUAAUCGGGUUACGGGGUUCUAUUCGACGAAUGGGUGGCUUGCUGGUGGGUUUUGUUAA